CAAAACUCACGUUGUUGUUUCUUCAAUCUUUCAUCACCACUGCACUCCCAAAACUCAGUUAAAGCCCAAAAGGGCCAAAGCAUACACAAAACAAAACACUGUUGUCUCAUAGCGAAACAUGUAAAAAAAAGAAAAAAAAACCACAAACACAGGCACAGUGAAAGCAAAGAGAGAAAGAAAGAGAUGGAUUUGGAAACAGUGGGAGGUCUAGUCCUACACACAAUUCUAUCCAACUUAACUCCCAAAGACACAGCCAUAGCUGCCUGUGUCAGCAACAAGCUCAAGUCUUCGGCUUCUGAAGACAUCCUCUGGUCCAAAUUUUGCUCCCAAGAACUCGAUCUCAAUGAACCCAUUGAUCCUCUUGGAAACCCCACCCCUUCUUUCAAGGCAUGUUAUCAAGCAUGGCGAGAAGCUUUCAGUAUGUAUCCUUGGCCGCUUGUCAUGCGAGUUAAAAAGUGUUGGGGGAGACUUAAGAACUGGUUGUCCAUUAAUUUUCCGGAAGCUGAGGCUACACUUCGCAAGGGUGUAUCAGAAGUUGAGAUUCAAGAGUCAGAGAGGAUCUUGAAAGUGAAAUUGCCUCUUCCCACGAGGAUCCUCUAUCGUUUUUGUGAUGGUCAAGAAAUUAACGCCAAAAAAUCUUCAGGAAGUGCAGGUGGAAGUUUAUUGGGCCUCAUAGGUGGCUAUUCAUAUUAUUCCCACUUGGUAAAUGUGUUUUUGUUACCUUUAAACGAGGUGGUUUCAAACACGAAGCCAAUCAUACGACAGAUUGGUUUUUCCAGCAGAUCUAAGUAUAUUGUUGUGGCUUUCUCCCAUACAGAAACCGAAAAGUUUUUUUUCCUCAACUGUACCACCGGUCAACUCCAUGUCGGUACUGUGAAUCUUGCCACUGAGGGAGAAAUGAUUCCAUGUGUACCAAAUGCAUUAAUAAGUUCAGUGCAUGAUUCCAAUGGUGAUCAACAGCAGGACGCAAUGCUGCUAUGGUUAGAAGAACAUGCACGUCGCUUAGAAAAUGGUAUGAUUAAACUUCGUGAAGAAAGAGGAACCAGAAGUAUCAGUCUGUUUCCAGAGGAACCUCCAUUCUGUUCCACUGCUAUAACCAAUGGGGUGAAAGUUCGUGCUUCUGCGGUGUUUGUUCCAGAGAUUGCUGACCUGCAAAAUGAGAAUGCAAAGUAUACAUUUUCUUAUUCAAUCCGCAUGUCCCUUCAGCGUGAAGGGUGUGUCAUUAAUGGAAUACCCUUCAGCUCAUGCCAACUGAAUUGGAGGCAUUGGAUCAUUCGUGCUAAUGACCAUGUAGAAUCUGAUUUUAAUGCUGAAGCUGUAAUAGGAAAGUACCCACUAUUGCUUCCAGGUGAGAGAGAAUUUGUUUAUGAGAGUUGCACACCUCUACCAACUUCUUUAGGUUCCAUAGAGGGCUCUUUCACAUUUGUCCCUGGCAGGUUAGCAGACCCAAAAGGUGCUCCAUUUGAAGUUGAGGUGGCAAGGUUCCCCCUCCAGUUACCAGACUACAUUUUCUGAUAACCAGUCUUCAAGGUUGAAGUUCUUUGUGUGGCAACUCAGUUUGAUGACCUAUCAUGUGUUGUUUGUUUAUAAUUAUGUAAAAAUUGUAUGGGUUUUUCCUGUUCUGUAAUGCUUAUAAUGUGCUACUUUAUGCUUAUAUAUGAUGAAAGGUCUUGUUUAUAA